UAGCAACCGGAGCAGUGACAGUAGCAACCGCCGGAAUGGCAAAAGCAACAACAAUCAAAGAAGCCCUAGCCAGAUGGGAAGAGAAAACUGGUCAGAGGCCAUCUGAAACCAAAGAGAUAAAACUUUACGCCCAGAUUCCCCCAAUAGAGAAGAUGGAUGCAUCCUUGUCCACACUGGCUAAUUGCGAGAAGCUUUCACUGUCUACAAACUGCAUUGAAAAAAUUGCCAAUCUGAAUGGCUUAAAAAACUUGAGGAUAUUGUCUCUGGGAAGAAACAACAUAAAGAACUUAAAUGGACUGGAAGCAGUAGGAGAGACGUUAGAGGAAUUGUGGAUCUCCUAUAAUUUUAUUGAGAAGUUGAAAGGAAUCCAUGUAAUGAAGAAAUUGAAGAUUCUCUAUAUGUCUAAUAACCUGGUGAAAGAAUGGGCUGAAUUUGUGAAGCUGGCGGAACUGCCCUGCCUUGAAGACCUGGUGUUUGUAGGCAAUCCCUUGGAAGAAAAGCAUUCUGCUGAGGGCAACUGGAUUGAAGAGGCAACCAAGAGAGUGCCCAGACUGAAAAAGCUGGAUGGUACUCCAGUAAUUAAAGGGGAUGAGGAAGAAGAAAAUUAAUGCCAUAUUUUCCACAUUGUGUUAACUUAUUUAAAUGUAAUGAGAACAAUAGAAAGUUUUGUAUAAUUGUCUAUUUUAAAGAUUCUGUGUGGGGCAAAAAGUUCCUAAGAUAAAACAAAUCUCUCCCCUCCAUCCUUUUAAAAACCUGUUUGGUGUUGCUUCCCCAAACUGUGACACCAACUUUAUAUAGUCUAGUUCUUGUUUUCAAAAUUACAAAUUUUCCAUCUUUGUCUUCAGUCCCAAUUAUAUGUUACGUGGCCCCAUCUACUGAUAUUUGUAGACCAGUCAUUUUUAAUAGCAAAGGAACAAAUGUUCUUUAUUCAAUUAGUUUACUAUUUUUAGACUGGGCAUUUUAAAAGAUACACUUUUGAAUCUGUAGAAGGUCCAUCUCCUUACAACAUGAACGUAUCAUGCCUUUGGUUUAGAAGGCA